UGUCGGUGUCGCGUCAUUACAUAGUCAUAUGAAUGAGGCGGAAUGAUUCACCAGCUCACCACAACGUACAUCCGCGAUAUACAAACAAAAUCACGCUCUACAUAGGUCCAGAUAUACAUGUGUUAAACCAGUGUCCAAAGUGACCAGAGCGAGAGAUGAGAGGUUCCCAGGGAAAACCUUUACGCUCAAGAUCUGAAGGGAAUCGCAAAAACAAUAACCAGCGCAAACGUUCCUCGGAUAGAUCAGAAAAGGAAGACCGAGACGACGAUCAAGAAGAAACUGAAUCAGAUGACAAGGAAAAAAACGAUGACCAGGAUGGAACAAAACGUCCACGUAAAACACGUCGGCCAUCAUCCAGAACAACACCUUUUACCAAGUCCGCCACCACGCUUUCCUUCACCACAACCCCUAACAGUGCCAGUAACACCACCACCGCCACCACCACCACCUCCUCAUCCCCAACAAACAGAAAUCCUGGGCGUACUUCUACCCAAAUAACCACACUGGCUAUGUCAGUUACAACGACACCAAUGCAACGAUUACUGACGUCAACUCCGACAUUUGCCCCACACCCGGAAAAUUCCUCUUCCAACAAAGUUACAAUCACAGUUCUGGCUGUUAUGGCGGGCCUUGUGUUUUUCAUCGUGAUCCUCCUCGCGCUCUGUCUGGCCUGGCGCAAGUGGUGUAAAUCCCGACCCCCCACAGAUGUGACCCCGAGGGACAAGUCUACCUACCAUAUGUACUCAGAGAUAGACCACACUACGAUAAUCCUGGAUGAAGAUACCCGAGGAGCGUCCAAUCAACGUGUUACAGCCGCAAACGACAGAGCUGUUCCGAGUGCACCUCUCUACGAAGACAUACCCGACACUCUGGUAAAUGAGAAUGCAUACGACAUACUUCACCAAAAGGAACAAGUGAAAUCCAAAGACACCUACUCCGUUUUAGAUCCAAGAUUAGUUGAUUUUAACGAUUCACGUUUAAAUACAUAUGACGUCACAUCCGACAUAAUCGGACAGUCAGUCAGUUCGGAAAAAACUUCCGGUACAUUUGUGCCAGAUCUGCAAAUUGUGUCAGAGGCAACGGUUCCACAAGUUGGACAAACAUCAGGACACACUUCUGACAACAUUAAUUUCACCACGAACAAUUCUGUUCACACCGACCCCACUGACCACUGUGGUCAGUACUUUGCACUGGAAAAAGUUCCCGACGUUACAGAGUCCCAAAAUAAUGCAGUCCAGGAACAUCCUAUAGACUCGGGGUCGGAUAACUACUUCAAACUAGAACCAUUGACAAUGACUUGAACUGUAUCACUGCACUAGGCGGCACAUCGAAGAAAUCGAGGGUUAUGGAGGGGGGGGGGGGGG